CACCCACACCCAAAAUAAUUUUUUUCCGCCAAACCUGAUUAAUAAUAGUAAUAGUUGCAAGAGCGUGAUUACCGAAUUUCGAUUGUCUUUAAUCUCUGAAGUCGAGAAUGUUUUUUUGAAAGCGCGUAAUAUUACUGUGGUUUAGUUUAGAAGUCGCGUAUUAUAACCCCCGCCUCUGGUUUGUUUCGUUCUGCGCAUAACCUCACAGUCGUGUUUUCAAACAAUUAUUGAAUAACUGAAAAAAACCGCUUAAACUUGGUUAAACUCAUGAUUAUAACGCGUGUUUAAGCAAAUCUGAAGAAGUCGCGAUGUACAUAAAGUCCGUCGUGCUCGAGGGUUUCAAGUCCUACGGCCACCGCACCGAAAUCACAGGUUUCGACAAACAAUUUAACGCAAUCACGGGCUUAAACGGUAGCGGGAAGUCGAACAUCCUCGAUUCGAUAUGUUUCGUCCUAGGAAUUUCGAAUUUAAGCCAUGUCCGUGUUGGAAAUUUGCAAGAUUUGAUCUACAAGAGCGGCCAGUGCGGGAUAAACAAAGCCACGGUGUCCAUCACCUUCGACAAUAGCAACCCCGAUCAGUGUCCUCCGGGGUUUGAAAAUGUGUCGGAAAUCACGAUCACGCGCCAGAUCGUUCUAGGGGGAAAGAACAAGUACAUGAUAAACGGGUCAACCGUGCAGAACAAAAAAAUCCAAGAUUUGUUUUGCUCGGUUCAGCUGAACGUGAAUAACCCCCAUUUUUUGAUCAUGCAAGGGAAGAUCACCAAAGUGUUGAAUAUGAAGCCCUAUGAUAUUUUAGCUAUGAUUGAGGAAGCCGCGGGCACGAAAAUGUACGAAGUAAAAAAAGAAACAGCGCAGAAAACUAUUGAGAAAAAAGACGCGAAAUUGAAGGAGUUGAAAUCGGUGAUUAAUGAGGAGUUGACACCAAGGCUGGAAAAGUUGAGGACUGAAAGAGCCAAAUAUAUGGAGUAUAAAAAUGUGGAACGAGAAUUAGAGCACAUGUUGCAGUUGUAUCAAGCUUGGGAAUAUUUUGCGUCUAAACGCAGGUACAUUCAGGCUAAAGAAGCUGUAGAUGAGGAGGAAGACGUCAUGAAACAACUUGAAACGGAAAUGAAUAACCAUAAAAACGAGCUUGUACAAACUGAUGAGUUGGUUGAGGAGUUAACCAGAAAGGCGGACGCUGAAGGUAAUGAAAAUUUGCAAAAAGCGGAAACUGAGCUAAAAGCAGCUGAAAAAUCCCAGGCGAAAGUGAACGCUAGCAUAAAAUCCAUAACCGACGAAAUCAACACUGAAAAAAAGAAAAAAACGCAGCUUGAGAAGAACCUCGCUGACGACGAAAAAGCCCUCAAAUCUGUAGAGUCAGAGCUCGCCAAAGUCCAAGCCCACUUCCUCCAGUUGAAACAAGCCGACGAAAAAGACACCCAAGCCUUCCUCGCCUCGCAAAAACGCUUUGAAGCCCUCAGCGCCGGCAUGGAGAUCAAUGAUGAAGGCGAAGCCGAAACGUUGCUCGAGCAACUGAUGAACGCCCGCCAGGAAGCCGCCAAAAUCAACACCGAGAUGAAACAAGCCAACAUGAGACAGAAAUUCUGCAAGGACCAGCUCCAAGAAAAGCAGAAAAAGCGCGUUUCGAACGCCAACGAAACCGCCAACGAUCAGAGGGCUCACGAUACGACGGUCCAGGAAAUCAAGAACUUGGAAACGGCGCUGAAGAAGCUGAACUUCGACGAGGAACGAAUAAACGAGCUGCAAAGUCGUAGAAGGGGGCUAGUACAAGACGUGCGGAGGCUCAGGGACCGCGUCGAGAAUUUCGAGGCGCAUAAGCCAUACACUCAGUUCAGGUACAAAGACCCUGAGGCUAACUUCAACAGAGGGAGCGUCCUGGGGGUGGUUUGUCGGUUGAUCAAGGUCAAGAAUGAAGAGGCGAAUGUUGCGAUUGAGACGGCAGCCGGGGGCAGGCUCUACAAUGUCGUAAUCGACACUGACGUCACGGGUAAAAAACUUCUGCAGAGGGGUGAGUUGCGACAAAGGACGACUUUCAUGCCACUCAAUAAGCUUCAAGCGAAUAGAAUGAACAACGACAUCGUGCGAGCGGCACAGGAACUGGUUGGUGAAAACAAUGUCCAACACGCGAUUUCUCAUCUAAGCUACGACAAACGACUGCAAGUCAUUAUGGAGUUCAUUUUCGGCAACGUUUUCGUUUGUAAGGAUAUAAGUAUAGCACGACAGGUGGCUUUCCAUGACCGGAUUAGGCGAAAAUGUGUCACUUUGGAUGGGGAUGUGGUGGAUCCCGCGGGGACUCUCAGUGGUGGUGCGCCCCAAAAAGGGGGCUCAGUUUUGAAACAGCUCGACGAAAUCAUGCAGGCAGAGGCCGAACUGAGCGCAAAAGAGCAAGAACUGGCCCAAGUUGAAGCCGAAAUUCGUGACUUAAGCGCCAAACAAAACCAGUUCGCGAAUUUAAAACAACAACUAGAGAUAAAACAGCACGAGUUGAGUUUAAUAAAGCAGCGACUGCAGCAAACGUCGCACUACAGGCACCAGGAAGAAAUCGCGAAUUUGCGGACGGAAAUAGAACAACUGAACGAGAAAAUACAAAAUUGUAUCGAAAACGAGCUGAAAUUUAAGGAGAAGAUCCAAAACUUGGAAGAUCGGGUCAAGAAUUCGAAAGACGGACGAGACGGGCAGAUAAAGCAGGCCGAAACCGAGAUGAACAAGUUGAAAAUGAAAGCCGACAAGAGUAAGAAAGAGUGGAAGCAGAAGGAGCAGGAUUACGAGACGUUCAACUUGGAGAUUGAGGAGUUGAAGAAGAGUAUAGAGAAUACGCAACAACAGAUAAAAGCGAGUGAGGAAACUGUAGCACAACUAAAGGAAAAACACGACGAGAUUGUGUCAAAUUCGAAAGAAAUGAACGAAAACGUGUCCAAGUUGCAAACUGAGUAUAAACAAGAAAAAGCGGUCAUAGCAGAGAAAAACAAAGACGUUCAGCGAAAAAUCCGGCGAAAAGAAGAGCUGCAAAAUUUGAUCACCAGUUGCGAAAUUAAAAUAAAAGAGAACGCGCACAAGCUUAAAAAAUUGAAAGACGACUGCAAGAAUUUGAAUAAGAAGCAAGCGGAUUGUGAGAAAAGAGCGAAAGAAAGCAGUCUGAAGGACGCCGAGGGUAUGAGCGACGAAGACGGGAAUGAAUUGGAGAGGAAAAUACGAAAGUCGCAAGAAAUGAAAAAUAGUUUAGGUCGGACGAUUAACAACAAGGCGCAGGCGCACUUCGAACAACAGGAGAAAGAAUACAGCGAAUUGAGACGAAAGCAGAAAAUUGUGGAACAAGACAAGAGAAAGUUGCUUCAAGUGAUUAGAGAUCUGGAUAAGAAAAAAGAAGAGAUCUUGAGGAAAGCGUACGACCAGAUAUCGAAGGAUUUCGGGUCGAUUUUCAGUACGUUGUUGCCGGGGGCCAACGCGAAGCUGCUGCCACCUACCGGGCAGACGAUUCUCCAAGGACUAGAGGUUAAAGUGUCGUUGGGUGACGUUUGGAAGGAAAGUUUGACGGAGUUAAGCGGAGGACAGCGCUCUUUAGCGGCAUUGUCGCUAAUUUUGGCCAUGUUAUUGUUUAAGCCUGCUCCUCUGUACAUUUUGGACGAAGUGGACGCGGCUUUAGAUCUGUCGCACACGCAAAAUAUCGGCAACAUGUUGAAGACUCACUUCAAAAAAUCUCAGUUUAUCAUUGUGUCCUUGAAAGACGGGAUGUUCAACAACGCUAACGUGCUUUUUAGGACGCAGUUUGUGGACGGCGUGUCCACGGUAACAAAAACCGUCAACAAAAACCACUGAAUGUUUUCUACCAGUGUUUAUUAUUAUAUUAGUUGUAUUUUUAUACGAAAUAAAUUGAAGAUUUUUUA